CCAUAAGUCUACCCAUGUCAAACGUACAUACACAGGCAUUCGGAUUGGAACAUGUGUCCGUGACGAGGUGGCGUAAAUUUGGACACAUGGACAGUAAUGGAAUCACUGGCAGGGGAGGGGGAGGCCGUCCCCACAGCGCUCACCGGCACAGCGCAGGAACCAAAAAAAAUGCGCCCACUCCUGGCAUUGGAAUUCCUGAUCUUCCGCAUGGGCUAGAGGCAUGGCGUGCUGCCGUGAAGCAGUGGGAGGACCCUGCAGCAUCUAUCGGAGGCAAGGCCCUCAAGGACUGGCCGGAGGAGUGGUAUACUGGUGACAUGCGCACGAUCAACGGCGUGAAGCGGAAAAUCCGCAAGGUCAUCACCAUAAAGUUCUACCGGCUGCACGGGGAUGACGGAGUGUUUCUGGAGAAGUACCCUGAAGCAAACCGUGAGGCCGAGCCACUCUUCGACGCAAUACAGCGCGGGCGCGAGGCACGCGGAGAAAUCACUGGACGAACGAGCAAGAACGGCCAGCCAGAAGUCCGAGCAUCAGCCUCGCGCUGA